AUGCUCUCGACGAUCUCGCGGCUACACGCAGCGCAGGCGUGGCGCGAAGGCUACACGGACGAGACGAUCGCCCGCGUCAAGUCCAAGCGCGUCCAUGAGCUGCACGAACUCAAGCGCUACAUCCAUGAGCUCGAGACCACCGUCGCGCGCAUCAAGCGGCAAAAGACCUCGGUGCUAUCCUGGGAAGACGUCUCCAAGGCGCUCGUCGACGACACGCUCGACCAUGUUCAGUGCAACAUGCGUCUCCGAAGCGAGUGCGACUACAACCGGCGCGUGUGCCAGUUUUUAAAGGACUGGGUCGACACCAUGGUGCCUCCGCGACUCACGCCGGGGCUAACGGAAGAUACGUGGCGCCAUGCGACCAUCUUUGCUGGCGACGUCGCGACGCGUCAAGUCGGCUACACGUGGUUAACGCGCCAGGUGUACGCCAACACGGACCGAGCGUUGGCUCGGCUAACGUUCCCCGAGGACGCACAGGAUGCCCUUUCCGUCCACGUCGACCACCGCGAAGACGACAAUACGGUCCAUAUCGAAAUCCAGGAGCAGACGAUCUGGCCCUUUGCGUAUACCGACGUUGUGGCAGCGUGUGCGAUCGCGACCAAGACCUUUGUCCAGACGGUGCAAGCGCGAAGGGACUGCGUCGAGGCGUUAACGCCUGUCGACGACGACAUUACGUACGUCCAAGAAGAGAUGGGCCGCCCGGACCGCCAAAGCAUAUUCGGCAACGUCCUCUAUGGCACGUUCCUAUCCGGCACACGGCGCGCUGUCAUGGUCAAACGCUCGAUCGUCAAGGACGAAGCCCAUCCGAUUGCGAGCUCGGUUUGGACGCUCGACUCCAAGGGCUGGCUCGUCGUUGACCCGCUGCCCGAUGGACGCACGCGCGUGCGCAUGCUCGAUGUCGUGGGCCACCCGUGCUCGGCCCGCGGGUUCGUGCCGAUUCUAGACCUGGCGGCCAUGCUGCAAUUGAAGCCGCGCAACGUUGACGACGCCGUGCGACUCAUGCGCCAACACUUUGCCGUGAGCCAGGCCCACCAAGCGAAGCAGUUCAAGGACCUCGUCCAGACGCUGCUCCUGGAGCGGCUGCGCCAAAGACCAGAUUUGGUCUAG